AUGACAGCUUCGACGCCAGUCCCUCUUCCCAAACAGUUCACAGCAGCACCGGCGCCUUCAACCACAAUUCCAAAUUCCAACACAAAACCAGCCGUCACAGCUCCCGCUCCGCCCCGAAUCCAAGCACCAGUCCAGACCCCAGUACCGGUUCCAGCACAAACCCGCAUCUCAGUCCAGAUACCCGCGCCAGCACCAGCACCAGCACCAGCAUCAGCCCACCCUCCAAGCUCCGGCCGAGGCCGACCCAGGGGAUGGAAACCCGGCAUGUCCUACAGCUCCCUGCGAGGACCAGCCCCAGAGAGGUCCGCCACAGGCAGACCCGGUCGGCCAGCCAAGCCAAAGCCCAUCGGCGCCCCAUUCGGCCACGCAAAGCGUCGCGGCAGACCGCCCAAGGCGCCGUCUCCCCUGCCGUGGCAGGUCUACCGGUCCCUGCAAACCUCGUUCGUCGCCUUCCUGUGCGAAUGGAGCGGCUGCAGGGCCGAGCUGCACAACCUGGACACGCUGCGGCGCCACAUCUCCGUCGUUCACUGCCGGAAAGCAGCAGCAGCACCGUUCAUCUGCCGCUGGGGUGCGUGCGCGCAAAAGUCGUCGUCGGCCUCCUCGGAGUGCCAAGUAUUUCCCGAUGAGCCUUCUCUUCGAGAGCACGUCGAAGAGGCGCAUCUCGUACCGUUUAGUUGGCACGUGGGAGACGGUCCGCGGAACAGCGGCGGGCCGGUGAAGCACCCGCUGGACGAGGAUGGGAUUCCAGGCUACUUGAAGGACGAGCAGGGCAACCAGGUGACGCCGUCUAUACGCGAUCAACAAGUGGAGGACUUUGCCACGUUCAAGCAGAAUCGGCAGAAGCUGAAGGAUUUGCUCAUCCAGAUGAAUGAGAAUCUACCAAGCGAGGAAUCGGAUUCUCCCCUUGACGAAGAUUGA